AUGAUGGCUUUUGAAAAUAGUGGUAAAAGACCUGGACAAGAUUCCAUGGGUCUCGAGUUAAAAAAGCGUAAAGUUGAGUUUGCUCUACCUGAUGAGACUGAUGAUGAUAAGGAGUUUACUACAGAGAUGUACAGAAGAUUUUUGAAAUCGGCUCUGGGUGAUUUGGAAAAGAAUGACUCCUCACAGUUAGAUAUGGUUACUCAUAGGGUUUCACAACCUGCUAAUAGCGAUAGUAGGAUAAGUACAGAGAACUUAGGAAUUUUACUUGACGUAUUGGCCAAGAACAUCAACAAAAUUGACACAUCCAAGGGGACACCACUGAUACAAUCUAUUAUAAACUUUGAGAAAUGGUGGGAAUUACCACCAUACACUCUAAGUAAAUAUAUAUUAUUCAUUAGAAUUUUGUGUUCAAGCAUACCCAAGUGGUGGCAAGAUGUUUCCAUAUCUCUUAUAUCAGGUUUCCACUUACCCCCAGAAAAGACUGAAAAGCAUCAUUCAAUGUUGAAAUAUUUCUUACAAAUGAUUCCAUCAUCAAUGGGGUAUAUCGACGUUUAUUUGGCCAAAUUUUUCCCCAACAAUAAUGAUACCAGUAAAAAAUUGGUUAAUUACAUCUCAAACAUUUUGACUUUGACAACUUAUUGUAAAGAAUUACAAUUUCAAGCUUGGUCAUUGAUAAUGGAAAAAACAAUUUCAUUAGACGUUGCAUUACAAAAUGAAUUGGAUGAAUUAGAUGAUGAUAUAGACGAUUUUGAAGAGAGUGAAGAAGAAGAGGAAGAAGAUGAUGAUGAGGAAGAAGAAGAAGAUGAUGAAGAGGAAGAAGACGAUGGCGAUAGAAUCAAAAGCGUGCAAGAUGAGGAUGAUGAUAGCGACGAAGAUGAAGAUGCAAUGGAAGGUGAAGAAGAGUACAAUGUGGAAGUGUCACAGAGCAUCAAAGAUCUGUCUACAAAAUUGGAUAAUAUUCUAACAUUGGUUAGUAGUCGUCUUGGAAAAGAUGUUACGCCUCAAAGUUUAAUGACUGGUGAGGGAGUAACUAUUUUCAAUACUUUAACGACACUUUUCAAAUCUCAUGUUUUACCUACUUACUAUACCAAAUCAAUUCAAUACAUUAUGUUCCACAUUUCUCAGCAACAGGCGGAACUAAUGGAUGCGUUUUUAGUAACACUAAUAGACAUAUCGUUUUCACCAACAGAAACGUCGGAGAAAAAGAUUAAAUCAUUACAGUAUUUGGGAUCUUAUAUUGCCCGUGCUAAAAAAUUAUCAAGAACCCAAAUAAUAUUUGUCGCCAGUUAUCUAACAUCUUGGUUGAAUCGAUACGUAUUAGAACGUGAAGAAGAGGUCGAUCAACCAGGUGGUAUGGAAAGAUUUAAACACUUCUACGCUGCAUUCCAAGCAUUAUGUUACAUUUUCUGCUUCAGAUAUCAAAUGUUCAGAGAUCCAGAUGGUAGUUGGGAAUGUGAAUUGGAUAAACUUUUCCCUCGAAUGGUCAUAACAAAAUUCAAUCCACUAAAAUAUUGCAAUGAAAAUGUGAUGCUAAUGUUUGCUCGUAUUGCACAACAUGAGGAUGUGGCAUUCUGCUUCAGUAUUAUUGAGAAUAAUAAUAACGAACGUCUAAGAGGUAUUAUAGGUAGAGGCGAUUCGAAUCAAAAAUCUUCAUCUCAACCUGUAGCAGCAUCGACAUGGUCAUUGGCUACUAGGCAACAGUUUAUAGACCUACAGAGCUAUUUCCCUUAUGAUCCAUUAUUUCUCAAACAUUAUAAACGUAUGAUGAAGGAUUAUUACAUCGAAUGGAGCGAAGCUGGUGGUGAAUACGAAAGUGAUGAAUACGAGGAUUGA